GCUGGUUUCUUUUCCAACUGUACGUUUAUGUGUGUGGCAAUUGUUGCUGCUAUUUUCUUCAGUAAGCUUUUUAUUUGGUUUGUUGGCACAUGCUGGUGGUUUAGACUGGUUCGUUCCAUCUGAUUACAGAAAGAGCGGAUAACACAAGCUCCUUUUUUUUUGCCUUGGUCUUGUACCUUAGUAUUAGGUGCCUGCUAGACGGUGACCGUUGUUUCUGCAUUUAUGUCAAAAAUUUGUUCACAUAGAAGCGAUAUAUGGUUGAGCGUACAGAACUGACUGAACAGAUUUUUCUAGUUAGAUGUUAUCAUUUUAAGAAAUGGUCAUUUAUGUAUGAUGAUCUGGGACAUUUUUCUUUUGUAGGUUGCUGGGUUUUUACUUCGUCUAUGGUGAUAUUCUGCCUAAUUCAGCAGUACAUCUAGAUGAAUUGAAAAGUCACUAGCCAUGUUUGGCAGAAUAUCAUCGAUUUUAUUAGUUGUGCAGGUUUGAGGUUAUUAAAAAAAUCAAAUCAUCUCGUGACGUUGUGUUUGGAUAUGUGGAGUCUGUACCUUGCCCGUUCUAGUACAGCUUGAAAGUUGUGUAGCCAAGUUGACGAAAGAUUGGCAGGUGCAAAGCAUGGGAAGGUAAGGGUGUCAGUCACUGUUACUUUUACCUGUGGAACAUAUAGUUUAUCAGGAAGCGAUUUGAGUUGUUCAGAACCAUGGUUAUAUUUUGAGUUUCCUCUUAAUUGGAAGCCAGUUGGAUGUGGGAAACCUUGCCCCUAUGAUAUAUUGUUAAAAAAAUUGUUUUAUUCAGGUCUAAAACUACUGUAUGGCAACUUCUUUCUCCCUCCUUUCUUUGCUUUUCCCGGAUCUCAAUUCCUGGCUGUAUUUCGCCAUCUUGGAAUAUAGGUGCCUUAACUAUUUCAACAUUCAAUGUUGGAGUCCAAUCUCAUAUAAUGAGAUUAAUUGGGGACAUGAAUUUUCCUUUUUGGGGCAAGUAGCUGGGCUAUUUUCCUUGCAUGCAUAAAAGGACUUGUGAACAACUGGAGUUUUGUGUGGUUUAUAGCUGGAUUUAUGAACAUGGUGAGUUGGUUGACUGGUCUUAUGCAUUUUGUAGCCUUUUCAUUUGGUAGUAUGUAUAAAAUAUCAUCUGCUUGAUUUUCUUACGGUGAAUCCAAUGGCAUCAUUUCUAUCUUAUUAUUUUUGAUGUAUGAUUAGAGAGAAGAGAGUUCUGCAUUUAAGCUGCAACUCUGUCAUUGUGGUUGUGAUGAUGGGAUUAGUGAUGAUUGUGCCCUCAGGGUUUUAUGAGUAUCUUUCUUUGGUCUUACAGAAGACCUGGAUUUGGUAGUUAAUAAGUAAUCUCGCUUACGGCAGGUCCCUCUGGUUCCGUAUAGGCAGACUAGCUAAGUAACUUGCGAUGUGUGUAUGGCUUACUUGUGAAGAUGCCUAUGCUGCACUUAACUAAUUUUUUGCAAUUUCCGAAAUGUAAUUUACUGCUGAACUUGUUUAUUUAGCUUCUUUAUUGAUGCUUUCAGCAGGAUGUGGAACAUGUAUGAACUUAUAUUUUGUCCGCAAAAGACACUGGUACCAUUCGUUCUUAGUUUUUUAGCUGUGUACUUGGAUUUGCCUUGCCUUACUAGUUUUUGUUGGAUUUACUUGAUUUAGUUUUGCAGAUAACUAAAGGGCUGCCUCUGACAUUGCAUCCAUUCUUUUUCUGUUUGUGGAGGCUUCUAGCUUAUUCCUGUUCCUAUACUUAUAGCUAUGGAAAGUACCCCACAUAAAAUGCAUUCUUUAGUAACACGUCCUCAUCAUUAUCAGGUUUUGCUUAAUUAGCUGAAUGUUUAAUUUCCAUCAUGCGUAGGUUGCAGUGUCCCGUCUCAUAGUUCCACUUGAUUUGAGUCUUCUUUCUUAACAGACGCAAUAAUCAUUUUAGAGCUGAUGUGUGCCUUCCAAGUCCUGCAGGAUGUAACUGUGGCCUCUUGGGACAGUGCAAUUUAUGGCCUUCUAGACAUAUCUUGUUGAAUAUUUAGGUGCUUGGAAGCUUAAUGUUCUGACUUCUGAUUCUUCACUUGUUUUAAUUUGCGUGUUCUUUUAUGUUGUUCUGUGAAUAAUAUGUCUCAAGAUUCUAAGGUUAUAAAAUAAUUUGCCAUCUAUCAUCUUUUGCAUUUUCUACUGGAAUUCAAAAGAUUGCACGUUGUCUGUCAUCUUAUUUGUCUUUUGCAUUUUCUACUGGAAUUCAAAAGAUUACACGUUGUCUGUCAUCUUAUUUGUAUUAUCUAACCAUUUGGAUGUGAUGAUUCUAUCCCUCCUCUGCAUGGCAUCUAGGAGAGGCUACCGUUCUAUUGUAUCUUAGGCAGCAUUACAAGCAGGGUGGACUAUUCUCUAUGAAGUUGGUGGAAUAAGCGCCCUUCUUUAUGCUGAGGAAUCUCCUGUCUGCAACGUCAAAGCAUGAUGUGUAUCUCAUGCAAAACUACUCUAUCAUGCACUGGUCAUCCUUGCUUCGAAAAGGCACCGAAGUGCUCAAUGUGGCUAGGCCCAUCGUGCCCACACAAAAAUCACUGGGGUGCUUACCACAAGGCAUGGCUCGGAUCCAGAUCAGUACCAUGGCUGUAAAGGACAAUUUACUUGUUGCUGGUGGAUUUCGAGGUGAAUUAGUCUGCAAGUUUCUGAACCGCGCUGGUGUGAGUUUCUGCACCAAAUUAACUAACGAUGACAAUGCCAUUACGAACUGUGCAGACAUAUGUCACACUCCAAAUGGUUCGAUUAGGAUUAUGACAGCCAACAAUGAUGCCUGUGUGAGGAUAUUUGACACCGAGAGUUUCUCUAUACAAGGGCAUUUCUGCUUUCCGUGGUGUGUGAAUAAUACCUCAGUCAGUCUAGAUGGGAAGCUUCUUGCUGUUCUUGGAGACAGCACAGAUUGCCUGCUGGCAGAUAGUCAAACAGGAAAGCCAAUAGCUUCCCUAAAAGGGCACUUGGACUACUCGUUUGCAUCAGCAUGGCAUCCUGAUGGUUACGUACUUGCCACUGGGAAUCAGGAUACAACCUGCCGCCUAUGGGAUAUUCGGAACCUCUCAACCUCUCUUGCUGUGUUGGAGGGCAGGAUGGGUGCCAUCCGGGCCAUCAAGUUCACUUCGGAUGGCCGCUUCAUGGCUGCGGCGGAGGCUGCAGAUUUCAUUCACGUGUUUGAUGUUGCUUCUGAUUAUACAAAGAGCCAGGAGAUUGAUCUCUUUGGGGAGGUCGCCGGUAUAUCUUUCAGCCCAGAUGCGGAGAGCCUUUUUGUUGGUGUGGCCGACAGGACGUAUGGAAGUCUGCUCGAGUUCAAGAGGAGGCGAUCAAGGUAUUAUAUUGAUUCGUUCUUGUGAUUCAGAUGGUGCCACCCGUCCAGAUGGCUUGUAUUCCUGGCAUUUUACUUGUGCCAUCGAGUUGGCUAGAAUCUGUCGGAAGUGGAGGGGGACAACGUAUUCGGUGCUAGGGAGUAGCGCUUCGUUUUUUCUCUUUGUACAAAGGAGGGUUCGAGGUUGAAAUAUGUAAAUCAGGAUUUGUUUUGCUGGAAUUUUUGCAGUGUAGGUCAGGGUUAUGGUUGGUUUUAUCCAGGCCAUAUAGUUUGUGGUCGGGGUUGUAGUUGGUCUAAUCCCGGGCAUAUGGUUUGCUUAAAGAUGGAGAAGCCAAUCUCUCUCUCUCUCUCUCUCUCCCUCUCUCGUGUAGCAUUCCUCUUUGCUGUACCAUUCAUUGGUUUUCUUCCAAUAGAAAAGAUGGAUGGAUGGAUGGAUGGAUGUUUUGGAUAUUAAAUAAAUUAUUGAAUCUCCCCA